AUGGCACAUCGCAAGAACACUUAUAUCAAAAUUAUCGCAUUAAUUGUUAUCACAUGUCUUUCGGUGCUGCUUAUAUAUGCUGUAUAUCUCACACGCCGUAAAUGCUUCGCUCAGAAUACUUCUCUGUUUCAACCAUCUCAGCCUCCACAAUCUAAAGUUAUAUCUCAAGCAAGCCAAGCUAGUUCUGCAUCACUUCAAUCAUUUCUACCGGCACAACCUAUGCCUGUACCCGAGUCCGGCCAGCUCUGUGCACAAUUUAUCAUAUUAAGGAAUUAUCUACCUUUAUUUGCCCAAUACAACCACCACCACAUUAUGGAUACAUCUAUGUUGCCCCUGCUCCACCAGUUACUCACCAAACACAGCCGAAUUCUAUCAGACUCCAAUAAAGACCGCCAAGGCGGCGAAUUCCGUAAUAAGAUAGAAGAGCUGUUUCCUAUUGGGAAAUGGAAGGAUGAAAUUCCGACGGAGAUUGAAGAGCGAUAUAUGUAUGUUUGGAUAGAGUUUAUUCGCAUAAGCAGCGCAUAUUUUGCUCGGUUGGCAUCUCUUGACGAUCUAAUCGAGAUCAACCAACAAUUAGCAAAGAUUAAGGACUCUACUCACGCAAAUAGUCCGGAAAGAGAACAACAGACCAUUCAAGCCGCAAAGAGCUUUAUUGCCACAACCACUAAAACGCACGGUCGCAUGGAAGACAUUGAUAGAUGCCGAUCAAUCAUUCAAAAGCUUCUCACAACUAUGAAGGCACAACCAUAUUUUCAAACCCAAGAGCCCUUCAAGACAAUCAUUGCGAACAUCGGUUUCCUGGAGAUAGCUAUGCAUUUUGUGCCCUUGGAUAGUUCAGACAUUGGGGACGUUAGUGUUUUCUUAGAUAGACUUGUUAGCGGCAUAUAUCAAGUCGAGAAGGACACAUAUCCUAUCAGUGUUGGCGCUGUAGAUGGUGGCCAGGAUAGAUAUUUUACCCGCGCAAUUAAUCACUACCUUCUGGUGAUGAAGAACUUCGUACAAAUUGACAGCCUUAUCUGGAACGACGAUGGAUCCAUUAGACCUUUUGACACACCCGUCAAUGUAAAUUGGAAGCUUUAUGAUACAACCCGUAUCUCCCUAAACGGAGGCCAUGACUUUAAGAAGAACCUUGAUGAUUUCCUUGAUAUUAGCAGCAACUUCUGCACAAAGUUAGAAAGCAUAUUGGCAAGGGUAGAAAUACCGGAUUGUCCUGAGACAAUAAUGAGUCAUCCUAAACCCAAUACCAACUCAAUUUGA